AUGAAGACCGUCCUCAUCAUCGGCGCCGGUGCCGCUGGCCUCACCCUCGCAACAACCCUCUCAACAACCCUCCCCCCCGCGCACCACCUCCUCCUCCUCGACACCCGCUCCUACCACUUCCACGCCAUCGCCGCCCUCCGCGCCUCGACCUCCCCCGACCCCGCAUACCCAUCCCAAAUCUGCAUACCGCUCGAUAAAGCACUGGACCGAGGACGGGGCGAGGUAAGACAGGGUGAGGUCGUGCGUGUUGAUAAAGACACGAAGGAGGUGGUGUUGAGAACGGGUGAGAGGGUGGGGUGGGAUAUCCUCGUCUUAGCAAUGGGUGCGAAAUGGGGAUCUCCUAUCGAUCCGCAUCCCGACCGUUCAGAAGCCCUUUCCCAAUUCGCCCAGACCCGGUCCCAAAUCGCCGGAGCGAAGCGGAUAUUGAUUGUGGGAGGCGGGUCCGUGGGUGUCGAACUCGCCGGGGAGAUAUUGGAGACGUGGGCGGGGGAGGGGAAGGAGGUUACCAUCGUACACCCGUCCGCACUUCCCAUGUCAUCUAUCUACCCCGAUAAGAUGCGGCGCGAACUACUACGACAACUCGAAGCCCUAGGUUGCUCGUUCAUCCCCAACGACCGGAUCGAGACUACCACCCCCGGAAGUGCGAGUGUGACGACCACAAAUGGCCUCGAAAUCCCCACAGACCUAAUCUUCACCUGUACCGGACCCACCCCCAACUCCGCCCUCCUCCACACCCUCUCCCCCUCCUCCCUCACCCCCUCCGGCUCCGUCCUCGUCCGCCCCACAUUCCAACUCGACGUGUCGGGAGAUGGCGAGAGAGAGGCAUGGAUGGAUUCCGUAUAUGUGGUGGGCGAUCUCGCUGCAGUACCAGAGGUCAAACAAGCAUACAAAGCAUACGGCCACGCCGCAAUCGUGGCACACAACAUCCUCGCGCACCUCUCCUCGAAGAAGUUGAAGGGGUAUCGACCACCAGGCGAAGCCUGUAUCGUAACCAUAGGCAGCAAAGGCGGAGCAGGCGUCUUACCACCGAUUCCCUUCUUGGGACGGGUAUGUGUCGGGGCGUGGUUUACGUGGGUAAUCAAGAGUAAGGGGUUGUUUGUUGGGGAUGCGAGGAGGAAGUGUGGGGUGUCGGCGUAG